AUGAGUGCAGAUGCGUCGAAUGUAAAACCACAACUCAACCCCUUAACAUCAUCGACGCCGGGCGGCAGUAGAUCAUUCAGAGCUUCUGAGGCCUUGAAUGUUUCACUUCCAACAUCGAUACUCGAUCACAUAACUAAUGCUGAAGACAUUUUCGAAACAAGCAUCUUUUCUUCCGGCUCACAAGUGAAGGUUUUCCAACCAACUUCAGAGCGGGACAAUCGAUCAUCGGGAAGGUUGGGUCAGGAGCCGCCAGAAAUGGCCGCGACCGCCCUGAUGCUCACUGUUGACGAGCUUCUAGCCAGAUGGAAUUUUGCGCCGUACCAGGAAAAUGGCAGCGGAAUAACGAGACAAUUUCCCGUUCUUCUUGGAGGGACCACCGAUCAAGAGGACAAUGACAAGGAAACAUUUGAAAUCUCAUCGGACUGUUGCGACAAGAUGUUCUCCGGGUUUAGCAUGCACGUUCCCUUCUUACCAAGUUUAUGGACGACUAAAACAGCCUUGGGUUGUCGACAGUGGGGGCAUGGACUUGGUAAUGGGCUCCAAGGUCGAGUUAUCGACAUCUGGUAUACUGUACCUGUCUCUAUCACAGUCAAGGGUGAGGGCAAUUUCUCCCUUGCCUCUUCCGCUAUUUACAGCCGCUAUGUAAUCGGAACACCUCAAACAUCGCUUGUCAUGGUGUUUCUCAGGUAUAAUUGGCAACGUGGCAGCUUACACGGACGACCUACACGUGAUUACGAAGCCCUCAUGAAAAAGUUCAAAGUGCCUCCACGAAUGAGUGCAGCUGGCGACCGAGCCGAGAAUGGGUGUCAGUGGCACCUUGGGCCGCAAGUGGCCUAUGUUGGAAUGGCUCUAGGCUUGUGGCGUGAAGGACUCGGCUUCCUCAACGCAUUUGCCCACGACCAGGAGAAGAAAAUCCAUUCUGAGCUAUCCGACGACAGGCACGAGACUGCCAUCAACAUCCGCUCCAUCCAUCUUCGACUCAAAUUUCUCCACGAAGAGAUCGAGAGCUUGCAGUCGAUAUGCCAAACCCUGGACUUUCUCUAUAACUUCUGGUGGACCGAAGCAACAAACCAAGGAGAAGUACAAAGCAUAAGCGGUGUGAGCACGAUAGAGGAUCUAGCCACCCUUCGACAAGAGUUCGGUAUACAGAUGAGAAGCAGAGAUGAAUUGGUCAAACGGCUGAGCAAUGUUCAGACCUUGGUAUGCCAAUUUUCUGGAGUUCGCUUCAAUUUUUGA